AUGUUCCGAUUUGUCGCAUUUCUUGCUGCCAUCGCUGUAGCCCAGGCCGCUUACACGUUGAACCCGGCUGGUCCGACCUACGCCGGAAUCCACACACCAGCCAUCACUAGCCAGCAGUCGAACAUCCUGCGAAGCUACGGAAACCUUGGCCAAAUUUCGACCUACUCGAAGACCAUCGAUACCCCGUACUCGUCCGUGAGCAAGUCCGAUGUACGAGUGAGCAACCCAGGUGUGGCAGUUGGCCACAUUGGCGCUGCCUAUCCACAUGCCAUUGCUCCCGCUUACGCUCACCCGGCAUACGCACAUGCGGCGUACGCUGCCCCGGCCGUUAAGGCGGCUCCGGCGCUCCUUGGCGUUGCCUAUUCUGCUGCCCCGGCCGUUGCUCACAUGACCUACAGCAACGGACUCGGUAUUAACUAUGCUUGGUAA